AUGGAAUUCGUGGCUUCAGUAUUGGGGUCAGUAGUUGCAGAAGCUUGUCGACAUCUUUGUGGGUUUCCCUGUUCUAAAUUUAGUAAUCCCUUCAAAUUCAAAUCAAACGUUAAUGAUCUCGAAAAGGAGAUUCAGCAUCUAACUGAUCUGAGAUCUGAAGUGGAAAAUGAGUUUAAUUUUGAGUCGGUUUCAACGACACGAGUAAGUGAGUGGCUUACGGCGGUUGGAGGGGUAGAGAGUAAGGUGGGUUCAACGACAACAGAUUUAUCAGCCAACAAAGAGAAGUGUUACGGUGGAUUUGUAAAUUGCUGUCUGCGUGGUGGGGAAGUGGCAAAGGCCCUCAAGGAGGUACGAAGACUUCAAGCCGAUGGAAAUUCCAUCGCCAACAUGGUCGCUGCACAUGGUCAAUCAAGAGCAGUGGAGCACAUACCAGCCCAAUCAAUUGAAGAUCAACCAACAGCUUCCCAAAAUUUGGCCAAAAUUUUGCAUCUUCUGGAGGAUGGUGUUGGGAGUAUAGGCGUUUGGGGUAUGGGGGGAGUGGGCAAAACCACUCUGGUAAAGAACUUGAACAAGCAGCUCGGGAAUUCUUCUUCAACCCCACCUUUUGGCAUGGUCAUAUGGGUUACUGUGUCCAAGCAGCUGGACUUGAUGAGGAUCCAAACCCGAAUUGCUGAGAGAUUGAGCAUGGGAGUGGACAAGAAUGAUAGCACGGAGAAUGUGGCUAUUAAAUUGCAUCGGAGGCUGAAGCAGCAAAACAAGUUUCUCCUCAUUCUGGAUGAUGUUUGGGAGGGAAUUGAUUUGGAUGCUUUGGGUGUCCCACGGCCUGAAGUUCAACCGGGUUGUAAGAUCAUACUGACAACUCGAUUUAGAGACGUUUGUCGAGAGAUGAAGACUGAUGUAGAAUUUAAAAUGAAUGUCCUAAAUGACGCAGAAGCUUGGGAUUUGUUCUGUAAAAGCGCAGGCAAGGUGGCCACCUUACGACAUAUCAAGCCAUUAGCAAAGGCAGUAGCUAAAGAAUGUGGUGGAUUGCCCUUGGAAAUAAUUAUCAUGGGGACAUCUAUGAGGGGAAAAACAAAGGUUGAGCUCUGGAAUAAUUCCUUGAACCAACUUCAAAGUUCACUGCCACAUAGCAUCAAAGGAAUCGAGGCUAAGGUGUACAGGCCCUUAAAGUGGAGCUACGACUCCUUACAAGGUAAGGAUAUCAAGCAUUGCUUCCUAUAUUGCGCUUUGUUUCCGGAGGAUUUCUCAAUUGAAAUAAGUGAACUUGUACAAUGCUGGUGGGCAGAAGGUCUCAUAGAUAAUCAAAAGAACUAUGAUGAUAUACACAACACGGGAAUUGCUUUAGUUGAAUCUUUGAAGGACUGUUGUUUGCUGGAAGAUGGUGACUUUAAGGACACUGUGAAAAUGCAUGAUGUAGUUCGUGAUGUUGCCUUAUGGAUUGCAUCCUCCUUGGAGGAUGAAUGUAAAUCCCUCGUUCGCUCGGGAGUGAGCUUGAGUCAUAUUUCACCAGUUGAAUUAUCGGGGCCCCUCAAGAGAGUUUCUUUCAUGCUCAACAGUUUAAAAAGUCUACCCAAUUGUGUGAUGCAGUGUUCAGAGGUAUCAACUUUGCUUCUACAAGAUAAUCCCCUCCUUCGCAGAGUUCCAGAGGACUUUUUUAUGGGAUUUCUGGCGCUCAAGGUCUUGAAUAUGAGCGGGACCCAUAUCCGUAGGCUGCCUCUUUCCCUUCUCCAACUUGGACAACUCCACAGUCUUCUUUUACGGGAUUGCAUUUAUCUUGAAGAAUUGCCCCCACUGGGAAGCCUUAAUAGACUGCAAGUGCUCGACUGUAAUGGCACUGGUAUUAAGGAGUUGCCAAAUGAGAUGGAACAGUUGAGCAACUUAAGGGUAUUAAACCUGUCACGAACUGACAACUUGAAAACUAUUCAAGCAGGGGUAGUAUCAGAGUUGUCCGGGCUAGAGAUUCUAGACAUGACCCAUAGUAAUUACAAAUGGGGUGUGAAAGAGGGACAGGCAUCAUUGGAGGAGCUAGGAUGCCUUGAGCAGUUAAUUUUUUGUUCAAUUGGGUUGGAUAGAAACACAUGUACUGCCUCGGAGGAGCUUGUUUGGAUAACAAAAUUGAAACGCUUCCAAUUUCUUAUGGGCUCAAUCGAUUCCAUGAUUGACAAACGAACCAAAUACAAGGAAAGGGUAGUGAUCUUCAGUGAUCUUGAUCUCUCUGGAGAAAGGAUUGGAGGGUGGUUAACUCAUGUGGAUGCCCUGGAUUUGGAUUCUUGCUGGGGACUAAAUGGGAUGCUUGAAACCUUGGUCACAAACAGCGUUGGUUGCUUUUCUUGUUUGAAGAAACUGACCAUUUCCCAUUCUUACAGCAGCUUUAAGCCCGCAGAAGGACAUGGUGCUCUGUAUGACCUGCUACCUAAUCUAGAGGAGAUUCACCUUCAUUUUCUCAGACAAUUACAUAGCAUUUCAGAAUUAGUUGAUCAUCUUGGACUAAGAUUCUCAAAACUAAGAGUCAUGGAGGUAACCCGCUGCCCCUACUUAGAGCAUCUCCUCGAUUGUGGUGGUGUUAUUUUAACCUUGGAGAACCUGGAAGACCUAAAGGUAUCGUCCUGUCCCGAGGUAGUUGAGCUCUUCAAAUGCAGUUCACUAUCGAACUCAGUUGCCGAUCCAAUUGUUCCAGGCCUACAGAGAAUAAAGUUGACAGACCUUCCCAAAUUAAAGAGCUUAAGCAGACAACGGGGGACAUGGCCGCAUCUAGCUUAUGUUGAAGUGAUAGGUUGUGACAGCCUCAAGAAAUUACCUCUCAGUAAGAGAAGUGCAAAUGCCCUGAAAGAAAUAGUAGGCGAAGUGGAGUGGUGGAACCGAUUGGAGUGGGAUCGGAUUGAUAUCCAGUCCAAACUUCAGCCCUUUUUUUAA